AUGGCAGACAAUUUGAUGACGGAAAAGAAAGGGAUGGAAUGGAGCAAGCUGAGGUUGAGAGGAGGCGGGGACGCAACCGACGACGAGCUCAUGCAAGAGGAAGCCAGAGCUGCUGGAGACGAUGAUGAAGAGUUUGUGGAGGUGGUGAUUCAGAACUUGUGCUUCGGGAGGAAUGAAGAGCUGCACAUGACGCUAGAUCUUCAAGCGCCCAUAUCCGAGAUCAAGAAAGAGAUCUACAUGAAGUACCCCUCCUGGGUAUGCCCAGCGGAUCAGAUGGAAUUGAUAUGGAGGGGUAGAGAGCUAUCAGGAGUCAACCACGAGACUCUGCAGCAGCACGGGCUCAAGUGUGAGGAAGGAGAAACGCAGAUCCGAAUCAUUCUUCGGCAGAAGUUCCUUGCGGCUGACGCCAUGGCAGACCAGAGGAUGCGCAAGGCCGCGAGCGACUUUCCUUCGAUGAUGAUGCCAGGCGCACAAGACUCGAAGGUGAUCAUGGAGCUGCUGAAGUCGAACCCGCAGCUGCAAGCGAUGUGGAACUCGAAUCCUCAGAUCCGUCAGAUGCUGAGCAAUCCCGAGAAUCUCCGACAGAUUCUCCCGCAGCUUGCCAACGCAGGCCUUAUUCCGGAUCAGGAAGACAUGAUGAACAUGCUUGGACAAGAUGAAGAUAUGAACUCGAUGAUGCAACCAGACUUCGGGUAUGAAGACGAGGAGCAGAAAAGGAGUAAGAUCGCGAGCCAGGAGGAGAUCAUGGAGUUGGCAAAGAUGGACGCAGCGGAGCUGAAGGAGAAACUUAGCUUUAGAUCAGAAUCCUUCAAGCGAGCAGUGAUGGAGGCACGCGAAAAUCUCUUCGAGGCAACGGAGGGCUGGGACAGGAAGACCUUUCGUGAGAGCUUGAGGACAAACGCGACGCUGGCGAGGCAGUAUGCGCAGCUCUACACCGAGAGGGGGAGCCUGGAGGAGGUACGCAAGGCCCUUAUCUCCAACAGGACCUUAGCCCUCCAGUACGUCCAUCUCUCCACUCUCCUAAACUGCAAGAGGAACGUCUCCGCUGCCGUGCAGCCUCGACUCGAGCAAGGAGGGUCCACGAGGAGCUCAGCAGAAGCUCACCGCGGGCUCCCUCUGGAGCAGAGGGGCCUGAGUCCAGCUGGGCUCGUCGCCGGGGAUGGAAACGCCAAGGGCAUCACCUUUGGCAGCCUGCAGGCUGCGCUGGAGCAGGCAAACCAAGAGCUGAAAAGACCUGCUGCGACAUCGGGGAGCAAGAGAUCGUUGGACGAGAUCUCGGCGCAGACAGCGGAAGAGGGGAAGAACUCGAAACGAGCUGGAGAAGAGGACGAGGGGCUGAAGGUAGACUUUGGGGAGCAGCGCUUCCAAAUCAACGAGUUGGCGAGGAAGGAGGAAUCGCUUCUCCGGAUGCUCCGAGGAGCUCGACGGAUCGUGAAGGUGCUGAAGGAGACCGGGGAGGUGCUGGCUGCGAGGAGGCGAGUGCGGGAAUGCUUCAUGCUCCUCCGCGGCCUCUCGGAGGCAGCAUGCUUGCGGGAGCUUCGCAGACUCUCAGAUCUUGUGUCCUCCUUCGAACCGCUGGAGGCUUCAGAUCGAGCCGUCCUUAGUGAGAUCGGGUCGUUCCUUCAAUCCCGACCUAUCGCAGACGAUGCCGACGAGGUGGAGGAGGUUGAGGGGGAGCAAGGGCCGAAUGAUAUGAUGGAGGAGGAGGAGGAGCAGAGGAAGAGGGAGAGGAACUGGGCAGAGUGCCGCACUUGGCUGGAGAUCAUGAUCUUCAACCACGAGUUCUCGAAGCAGAUCAGGACGCUGCACCAGGAGGACGGGAGCGACUGCCCCCAGCUGUUGAUCAAUUACGCGAGGAUGAACGGAACGGAGAUGAGAAGGCAGCUGGAGGAGGACGACCUGCCCUACGAGGAGAUGGAGCAGGCGUAUAAGGAGGAGAUGGAGGAGGAGGAGGGGGGGGACGGGGAGGAGGAGGCUGCUGCGGUCGAUCCGAGAGAGAAGUAUUCCUCGCAGCUCCUGCAGCUCAUCGAGAUGGGGUUCGAGGACGAAGAGGCGAACCUGCUGGCGCUUAUCGACACAGGAGGGAGCGUUGAGAACGCUAUCACCAAACUUGUUUCAUGA